AUGUCUGCCGAAGACGAGCGCCAGGCUGCCCUUAACUCGUACCGUACGAAACUCAUGGAGUCGCGAGAAUGGGAGGCAAAGCUCAAGAAUCUGCGCUUAGAGAUCAAGGACAUGCAGCGAGAGUUUGACAAGACCGAGGACAACAUCAAGGCGCUACAGAGUGUGGGACAGAUCAUCGGCGAGGUACUGAAACAGCUGGAUGACGAACGAUUUAUCGUCAAGGCCUCAUCGGGGCCACGAUAUGUUGUCGGAUGCAGAUCAAAGGUCGACAAGGUCAAGCUCAAGCAAGGCACCCGUGUUGCCCUCGACAUGACGACACUCACCAUCAUGCGAAUGCUCCCCCGCGAAGUCGACCCCUUGGUGUACAACAUGUCUCUGGAGGACCCAGGGCAAGUCAGCUUUGCUGGUAUCGGUGGAUUGAACGAUCAGAUUCGAGAGCUCAGAGAAGUCAUUGAGCUCCCCCUCAAGAACCCCGAAUUGUUCCUCAGAGUGGGCAUCAAACCUCCCAAGGGUGUUCUGUUGUAUGGUCCUCCCGGAACUGGAAAAACCCUACUGGCACGAGCAGUUGCUAGUAGUCUAGAGACCAACUUCUUGAAGGUUGUUUCUUCCGCUAUUGUCGAUAAAUACAUUGGAGAAUCUGCAAGACUGAUCCGCGAGAUGUUUGGCUAUGCCAAAGAGCACGAGCCUUGCAUCAUUUUCAUGGACGAAAUUGAUGCUAUUGGUGGCCGUCGUUUCUCUGAGGGCACUAGUGCUGAUCGUGAAAUUCAACGAACACUCAUGGAGUUGCUCAACCAGCUGGAUGGUUUCGACUAUCUGGGCAAGACCAAGAUCAUCAUGGCAACCAACCGACCUGAUACAUUGGACCCUGCGCUCCUUCGUGCUGGUCGACUGGACCGAAAGAUUGAGAUUCCUCUGCCCAACGAGGUCGGACGCCUCGAGAUUCUCAAGAUUCACUCACAAAGCGUGGUAAUCGAUGGGGACCUUGAUUUCGAAAGCGUGGUGAAGAUGAGUGACGGACUCAAUGGUGCUGAUUUGCGAAACGUGGUUACUGAAGCCGGUCUAUUUGCUAUCAAGGACUACCGAGACUCGAUCAAUCAGGACGACUUCAACAAGGCUGUUCGCAAGGUCGCGGAAUCCAAGAAGUUGGAGGGCAAGCUUGAGUACCAGAAGCUGUAA